AUGGCACCAAGCGCAGUGAGCGCUAGCCUUUGCACAACUACAGCAUGUAUUCAACUUGCUGCAGAGAUGAAGCAAAGCAUGGCUUUGAACUAUUCACAAAUCGAUCCCUGUGAAGACUUUGAACAAUAUGCCUGUGGUAACUGGGAUAACUACCACGACAUCCCUCAAGGCUCCGAGUCUAUCGCUGGUAUUACACUCACCGAACAGUUCACCAGCUCCGCAGUGAAAAAGAUCCUCGAAGGUCCCUAUCCAACUGGCGAUGACGCUGGAUACAUAUCAGUCAACUUGACCAAGGAGCAGACCAAAGCCGACAAGAGGAACCAUGCUAAGCUGCAAGAUGCCUACCAGGCAUGUAUGAACUACACUGCCCUAGAGGAAGAGGGCCUUACCGGCUUGUCAGAAGUUGUCAAGGGUAUCAUUGAAAUGUUCCCUGAUACAAAGGCAAACAUGACUCAGAAUGCUCCAGCUUCAUCUGCCUUGACCAAAACUCUGGCCUACUUUGAGAACUUCGGCAUUGGAACUCUCCAGAUCUUUGCCAUCGGACAGAACGAACACGACCCAGAAGAAGUCGUAGCCACAAUCUAUCCCCCUGUUUUCUCAGAGUUGCUGCUUCUCACUACGGAAGAAGGAAUGGUAGAGCUGUUGAAGCUCUCUGCCCAGCUUCUCGCGGCCGUGUACCCUUCUCAGCCCAACACCACGGAGGCUCUAGCACUUGCCGGGUCCGUUUACAUAUUCCAGUCUCAACUGAAGCUUGCCUGGGAUUGGAGCCAGUUGAACGAAGACGCUGAUACUGUUCCUGCUGGAGACCUGACGAAGCUGGCUCCUUACGUUGACUAUGGUGGUGUGAUCAAGGAGUUGGCUCCAAAGAACUGGAAGGGCACAAUCCAGACUUCGCAGCCUUUGUACUUCAAGAACAUGUCAGAAAUCAUCUCCCAAACAUCAACCGAGACUCUUCAGGCCUACUUUGUAUGGAGGAUGGUGUCGUCUGUUUCUCUCUAUGUCGAGCAUAGCUUGACCAAUACUUAUAACGACAAGCAAUCCGAGCUCAGAGACCGAGAUCCGGAGAGUACCCGCCCUCGCUGGAGGAAUUGCGCCAUCCUGCUCGAUCAGGGCGUAGAUUGGAUCGUGGACAAGCAAGUUGAAACUGCUAUUGGCCCUCAUGGGCUGACAUGGAUUCUCACGCGCUUCUUCGUCGACAAACACUUCGGUCCUGACAAAGCAAAGCUUGCAUCCCAGUUGGUUGACUACAUAAAAGCAUCCUUCUCCGAGCGCAUCAAGACACGGGAAUGGGCAACCGAAAAGGUCAAAAAGGCUGCCAUCGAGAAGUUGAACGCCAUACAGAAGAUGGUUGGACUUCCCACCGACCCCAACCCCAUGGACCCCAUUGCCAUCGAGAAGUACUAUUCCGACAUUGAGAUAAAACCAUCUCUCGUAAUGAACGCUCUCGCCUUUGCCAAGUCCAAGAUUUCCAAGCGAUGGGACAGCCUCGCAAAGCCCUACAGCAGAGGACAACUCAUCAUGAGCACCCUGAAGGCCAACGCCUACUACUCCCCACCACAAAACGAGAUCGCCCUGCUUGCAGGUUACCUCCAAGCCCCUCUAUUCGAUGUAGGUUAUCCCGACUACGUCAACUUCGGAGGCGCAGGUGUUGUAGUGGGCCACGAGAUAACACACGGGUUCGACACCCAAGGCUACCAAUACGACAAGACCGGAAACAAGACGUCGUGGUGGGACCAAAAAUCAGAAGAAGCAUUUCUCAAAAAGACAGAGUGUUUUAUUGACCAAUACAAUAACUUCACCAUCAAAGCCGCCAACGGAACAGACCUCCACGUCAACGGAAACCUCACCGUAUCAGAGAACAUCGCCGACGCUGGAGGUGUCGUCUCUGGUUUCGCCGCCUGGAAGAAGUGGGAGAGCGAUAAAGGAAAAGCAAAGAAUCUACCUGGCUUGGGCAAAUUCACACACGAGCAGCUUUUCUUCCUCAAAUGGGGCCAGACAUGGUGCGCCAGCAUCAAGCCGGCCCUCUCUCUUCGACUAUUAACCUCCGACGUCCAUGCCCCAAGUUCUGCAAGAGCCUUACUGCCUUUGAGGAACUCGGCUGGAUUCAACAAAGCCUUCAACUGUCCAAAGAAGGAACCUGCCUGUGAACUUUGGUGA